AUGGAUGUUUAUGUGAGUAUAUUGCUGGGACUACCUCAAACGCUGCACGACAUCGACAUAGAUCAAGAUCAACCUUUAGAGGUAGACGAUGAUUACAUUACGACAGAAAGGCUGUUGUUUAUGCCGCCUGGGAGAGCGCCAUUGAUGGCAGGUUUCAAUGCGCAUAAUAGAAUGGUGACUAUUUUAUCGAAAGUCGUUGAAUAUGUCUACCCCAUUAAAGCCGACAAAAACAGCCAGAAAGACUCGUAUAUCGUCAGCCACGCCAAGAUUAGGGAGAUUGAGAACGACUUAAAACAAUGGACGGAAACUCUGCCAGAACCUUUCAGGCCUGGUUCCGAUGGUCCAAAGGAAUAUGUGAGGAUACAACAUAUCCUGCGCAUGGCCUACGCUCACAUACAAAUGUUUCUUUACCGUCCGUUUCUCCACUAUGCAUCGUUGGAUACAACGGCCAAGGCCCUUGACAAAACCUCAUUCGCCUGUGCCGCAGCAUGCGUCAGCGUUUCGCGGAAUAUCGUUCACUUAACGGGUGAGAUGAACAGACGGGGGCUGCUUGUUGGGUCCUUUUGGUUCUACAAUUACACGACAUUCUUCGCUAUCAUUGGACUCGUCUUUUAUGUUCUAGAGAAUCCUCACAGUGCCACUAGUGUCGAGGUCUUGAAAGAUGCUCGUGAGGGAAAGGAUACCUUGUUAACCCUGGCGUCUAAGAGCCUAGCGGCAGAUCGAUGUUCGAAAUAUCUAUCUGAUCUUUUCGAUCAACUGUCCCCAAAAUUGAACGAUUUGCACGUCAAACCUGCUUCGCAAAAGAAGAGACAAAAUCCCUCACAAUCCCAUAGGCUAUCUCACGGUUACAACAACGCUGCGCAGCUAGUGGCAGAUGCGAACACAAAUCAUUUGCCGCAGAUGAAUACAUCUGCCGGUCAACCUAAACGAUGGGAUCAACCUUCCUAUCCAUUCAACCUAGGAAUCAAUGCGAGCUACCCAAAUGGCACACAGGGUCAUUAUCUACCAACCCCAGCUCCAAUUCAGACACCUCAGAGCCCUGGGACGAGCAUGUAUACCAACACGACUACAGGGCCAGGCGGUCGUGGUUUCUCAGCCAUGAUGUUUCCUUCUGCCGACCCAUUCGCAUAUCCAAAUCAGCCCCUUACAACACUCGACAAUCAACAACAGAUCAAACAGGAGGAGCCGAUCCAUCCGUCAAUGUUCAAUACCGAAUCCUCAGCUGGCAUAGACCAAUCUAUUUAUUUCUCGCUACACUUCCUGCAGCCCGCGCAAGGCGAGGCGGUAACGGAGCGCGUGCAGAGCGACAGCGGUUUGCCCACUGGAUUGAGAGAUAGGCUGUCCUGGGCGCUGGAGCUCGAGUUGAGUAUGCGUGGUGCGGGCUUCGUUUGGAGCUCGGCGGACGUGAGACAUACGAAGCGCACGUGGCGGCCGAGCGUGAGGGAUCGGGUGCAUAGUAUUGUGGUUCAUAUGGGGCCGGUAUUGUUGGUGAGCUGGGCGGUGAUAAGGGGCAUACAUGAUGGGUAUCUUGCCCCAAUGGCUGGAAAGGAUGGGGGAAAUGGGAUUCUAGGGGAAGAAGGCGGCGGGAAUGGGGAUUUCGAUGGCUUGCCGUAUGUGGUGCAAGGCGUACUUACGGCUACACUGGGAGCGUUCCUCCUCGCAGCAUUCAGUCUGGGACACUCGGUGUGUGCGAUCUUGUUGAAGCCGUUGGCGCCGCAUCCGUUGAGUUAUUUUCCGAGUUUGUACACGAAGAGGGUUUGGGAGAUCACAUCUGUCAGGGACUUUUGGAGUUAUGGGUGGCAUAGGCUCUUUUCGAGAUUGUUUCUUGUUUAUGGGGUGUGGCCCGGGGAGUGGGUGGAACGGAAAUUGUUGGGGAAAGGGGAGGAGCAGGCGGCUGAUGUGGGGAAGGUGUUGGGUGCGUUUGUGAGCUCGGGUUUCGUACAUUCGUUCGCGGGAUAUACGGUGGUUCCUGGCGGAUGGAGGAAUGCGAGCGGGGAGGCUUGGUUCUUUACUGAGAAUGGAGUUGCAGUCAUUGUGGAGGAAGCUGUUAGAAGAGCCGUUUUGCAUUGGAGGAAGCGGAGAGGCAAUGAGAGUGGGGAGGCGAAAGGCAAAGAGCUUGACAGAUGGCAGGAACUUUGCAAGAGGAUGGGUACUGGCUGGGCUGAUAAGAGAGAUGUCAUUUAG